CAGAUGCCUAUGGUAAUUUAAUCAUUGAUCCUAAUAUGGCUACUACACAAUCACAACAUUUACAACAUUUUAGUCCACCACCACCAUCAACACAUAUUGUUGGUACUAAUGGUAAUAAUAUUCAUCCAACAACAACAACAAUGGGAUCACCUUCAUUAAUGACUCCAAGUGGUGGUAUGAUAUCACCUCCACCACCACCACCACAAUCACUAUCACCAUCAACAUCAUCUUCACUUUUACAACAACAACAACAAUAUGGUUGUAUUGGAUAUGAUACACCUAAAUUACCAAUUAUGAAUCCAAACUUUCAAAUGGACAUUAAAAAUCAUCCAUUUUAUAAUACCAUAUUUAAUAAUUCAACAUCAAUGUCAUCUUCAAAUUAUUAUUUAGAAGGAUUAUCUAAACCAGCUAUAUCACCCUAUUUAAAUUUUAAUAAUUCAUCAAAUGGUUAUUUAUGUUUGAUGGGUACAGAAAAUCAAAAUACUUUAUCUAAAAAUGCUUUAAUUUUAUCUAGAAUUGAAAAUAAUUCAUUUAAUUCAAAUAAUAAUUAAAUAUAAAUUCAAAUAAUAUAAAUUCAAAUAUAAAUAAAUUUAAAUUUAAAUAUAUUAAAAAUGCAACCAAUUGAAGAACAUUUACGUUAUUUAGAAUGGUUACCUAAAGAUCCUAGAAGAAUAAUAAUAGCAGCUAAUGGAGAAUUAGGUAUUGUUAUAUUAAAUGAAGAAUUGAAUGAUAUUAAUGUAAUUGAUAUAUUUCCUAAAUUUCAUCAUGAUACAAUUAGACAAUUUGCUAUAAAUCCAGUUAAUCAAUCAUUAGUAAUAUCAGGUGGAUUUGAUGAAAAAGUAUUUGUCACUGAUAUUAGUAAAUUAGUAGAUGAUAUACAAACUAAUCAAGUUAAAUCUGAAAAUUCAGUUUAUUUAUGUCAAGAUGUUGUUUCAUGUGUUAGAUUUCAUCCUUCAGAUUCAAAUGUUGCAUCUGCUACUACUGAUCAAGGUGUUUUACAUGUUUUUGAUGUUAGAACAGGUAAUACAAGUAAACCUGCUUUUGUUUAUGAUACAAGUAAAUAUGAUUUAUUUACUCAUGUUUAUUUAGAUGAUUUUACUGUUUGUUUAGGAUAUGGAGAUGGAUCUAUUCAAGUACAUGAUAUUAGAACAGGUAAAACAUUAAUAUCAUUUAUAGAUAAAGCAGUGAAUAUGAUUGGUGAUUUUAUUUAUGAACCACAAAAGAAAUUAUUAAUUUCAUUGGGAAUGAACAAAUUUUCAGUUUAUCAAGUUAAUUCAAAUAAUUUUGAAUUAAUUCAUUCUGCCUAUAAUCAUCAACAACAACCAUGUGUUACAAAUGGAAAUUAUUUAACUGAAAUUAAUCAAUUUAUUACAACUGAUACAUUUGGUCAUAUUAAUUUAUAUGAUUUAUAAUUAUUAUUAUUUUAAUUUUAAUAUAUAUUUUUAUUCUUUUCGUGAUAUAUUCAAAUUAUAUAUUUUUAAUUAAUAAUAUAUGUGUGUGAUAAUAAAUUAACUCUUUCU